AUGAGUGAAAAUUUACAAGGUGUUGAUGAUGAUUUGGUUAGUACUUUAUGUUCUUGUUCUACUUUUAAUUUUGAAGAUUCUUUAAAUCGUAUAAAAUUAUUGGAGGUUGAAAAAGACAAGACAAAUUUGGCUUUUCAAUUAAUUUUGGCUAAACUUGAUUUGCAAAUUAAAGAUUUGGCAGAAGAUCGAGAUGGACAAAUCAAAACUUUAACUGAACGUAAUGCUGCUUAUAGUGAUGCUAAAUAUGAAGCGGAGAAAAAAGUGGAAAAAGACAAAACAAAUUUGGCUUUUCAAUUAAUUUUGGCUAAACUUGAUUUGGUAGGGGUUAACUAACUCAACAAAACAAAAUUCCUCUACAGACUACCCAACAAUGGAAAAUCAAACAUUAAUUAAACAAUUACAAAAUUAUUUGCAAAAAGAAGUUGAACAACAAAAAGAAAAAAUUAAAAGUUUGGAAUUGGAUAAAUUUAAAAAAGAAGAGGAAAUUA